AUGAAGAAAACAUGUGAAAUUAAAGCAUCUUAUUGUAACAAAGAAGGUGUAAUUAUUCAUUCUAUUAAGAAGCGUUAUUUCGUUCUAUAUCCUGAUGCAUUAAAGUAUUACACGACUUAUCAAGGAGAAGAAAAAGGAUCAAUCCCGAUUACGGGCGAUCUUAUUGUCGAUAAUGAUCCGAAGUAUAAGAUCCAGCCAUGCUUCACCAUAUACAACCCAAGCAAGAAAAGAACGUACUAUAUUUUGCCUGAAACCGAAAUUGAUCGUGACGAAUGGAUUUACAUUCUUAACAAUGUCAUUAAUAACAAGAAGGUUAAUGGUCCGCAGGUAUUUUUGUCACAGCGUCCUUCCAUUUAUGAAAAUUAUGUGACACUUUCCGAAGUGAUUUGGAAUGCGAAAAAAGAAGACAUUCCAACUAUUAUUAAGCUGAUCAAGAAUGCAACUACCAAAAAUGUUUUGUCCAUGAAGCAGAUUUUGGGCAUGCUUGAUUACAUCUCACAAAGAAGACUCAAGAACCUCGAAGUGAUGGCGGAACUCGCUCACGAAUACAUACACUCUCAGAGAGUGCCCGAUAUUCUUUCCUAUUUCAAAGAAUGCGAGCAUCUUGUUGCAAUUCUCAUUAAGCGAUGCGCAUUGACGGGUAAAAUGCCAGAAAAGUUCGUUGGCAAGUCGGAAAAAGAUAUUCUGGACAUAUAUCAGCCAGGAUCUCUCUUCCAUUGUUUGCUUCAUGACAACGUUGACAAUUUAAAGAAAAUCAUCAACGAUUCUGCCUUCAACAUCGAAAAGCUAUACGAUGGCAAGUCAAUUCUCGCCCUUGCAGCAAGGUUCGGCUCAGAGAAUUGCUUCAGAUACAUUCUUUCCAAGAAUAUACCAAUCAACGUCGAAGUUUUCGAAGACGCUUACUUUGGUGGCAACAUUCAGAUCGUCGAGAUGCUGAAAUCAGCCAAUUUCGUACCACUCCGCUGCAUAGAUUUGGCUGUUCAGAACCAUCAGUCAGAACUUGUCACUUAUCUCAUGCGCGGCAAAGAUCAGGAGUACACAUGGGAAGCAGCGCUCAGUUCUUACAACUUUAAAGCGUUUUUCGAUAAAUUAUUCACUAAAUCAGACGUUGAUUCUACAGAUUCCAAGGGAAUGAUACCACUGAUGGCAGCAGCAUCCACAGGAUUCUACUCAAUCGCGAGACUUCUCAAUGAUUUGGGAACAUAUAUCGAAAUUCCAGGUCCAAAGCAAUAUACAGCCUUGCAUUACGCAGUUGUUAAUGACAAUAUCGAAGCUACCAGUUUCCUCAUCUCUGUCAACGCGAAUCUCAAUGCAAUUACAGAAGAUAACGAAACACCUUUGAUUUUAGCGGCCAAAAAGGACUUACAAAACAUUGGCUUCCAGUUAUGUGACCAUAAAGCCAAUGUCGAUCUCCAAGACAAACAAGGAAACACAGCUCUUAUUUAUGCAGCCAAAAACGGAUCACAAAGUUUCAUUUCCACAUUAGUUGACAAAAACUGCAAUGUAAACUUAGCGAACAGUGAAGGAAACACAGCUAUUUUCUAUGCAGUGUUGUCAGGAAAAUCUGAAAUUGUCAGUCAGCUCGUUGACAAAAACGCUCUUGUUAAUAUCAAAAACGGCAAAGGAGAAACACCUCUUAUUUGGGCAGCAAGAGCAGGAAACAUCGAUGUAGUGAAUACUUUACUUGAUUACAAGGCUUCAAUUGAAGAAAAAGAUUAA